AUGGUUGUUGCUUCAAAUGGAAGUGUGAAUUCAUCAACUUCCUUGUUUCAUGUUGGAGUUAUUCUCGACUUGACAUCUACAAUGGGGGAGAUUUCUGAGAGCUGCAUCUCUAUGGCUCUAUCUGAUUUUUAUGAAAUUCAUGCAAAUUAUACAACAAGAGUUGUGCUCCACACCAUGGAUUCUGAAAAUAAUGUUGUGGUUUCAGCAUCUUCAGCUUUAUACUUGAUGAAAGAUGUGAAGGUGCAAGCUAUCACUGGGCCACAAGAAUCAACUCAAGCUUCUUUUGUGAUCGUACUUGGAGAAAAAGCUCGAGUGCCAAUUGUCUCCUUCUCUGCCACAAGUCCUUCCCUUUCUCCCCUUAAAAAUCCUUAUUUUAUAAGAACAGCUAUUGAUGACUCAACUCAAGUUAAAGCUAUUGUUGACAUUAUUCAAUCCUUAGAAUGGAAGGAAGUGGUUUUAAUAUAUGAAGAUACUGACUAUGGAAAUGCAGUUUUACCUUAUUUCUUUGAUGCCUUCCAAGAGAUUGAUGUUCGAGUCCCAUAUAAGAGUAGCAUUCCUUUGGAUGCAAAUGAUGAUCAAAUAUUAGAAGAACUUCAUAAAUUGAAAACCAUGCCAACUAGGGUUUUCAUUGUCCACAUGUCUUCUUCUAUUGGAUCUAGGCUUUUUAUUAAUGCAGACAAUGCAGGAAUGAUGAGCCAAGGUUAUGUUUGGAUUGUCACUGAUGGGUUAUCAAGUUUAAUGUCUCCCAUGAAUUCCAGUGCUAUUGAAUCAAUGGAAGGAGUAUUGGGUGUAAGACCAUACAUACCAAAGUCCAAAAAGCUUGAAGAAUUUAAGGUCAAAUGGAAAAGAAGCUUCUACUCAAAUAAGACAAUUGGUGAAAUAUCUGAGCCAAGUCUCUAUGGGAUAUGGGCAUAUGAUACAGCUUGGGCACUAGCUAUGGCAGUUGAGCAAGUUGGAAUCUUGGAUCCUCAGUUCCUGAGUAGUAACACCACUAACAAUUUAACUGAUCUUUCAAGUCUAGGAUAUUCAUCAAUUGGUCCACAACUUCUCCAGACUAUUUUGAGCACUAGAUUUAAAGGUCUAAGUGGUAAUUUCCAUUUGGAGAGAGGGUGA